AUGAGCUGGUGGGGUGGCUUGACUAAUUCCAUAAUCCGUCGGACAAACCAGAAUGCAGAGCAGACUCUGAAUGUUCCUGGCCUGUUUCCUUCAUCCGAUUUGGAGGCGAGCCAACUGUCUAGAGAGACGAUAUCAACCUAUGUCAAAGUAUUACUCGUACAACCAGCUUCCGCAAUUUUCCUCCUCCUUUUAAAAUUAAUCAAGCAAUAUCUUCGAAUGUUGUAUUUUUUCGAGCCUCGGGAUCACCUGUCAAGCCGGAAUGGCACUUCAUUCAAUAAUGCUCUCAUAAAUGAUCCAAUUCGACGUGUGGAACAGUUUGUGCAGCAACUCGAGGAGAAUCUUCUGCCUCUGCAACAGUUUGCACAAUACCAUUCCGAUUCUAAUACUCUCAAUUUGCCUCCCUUUUUCCAAGGCAGCUAUACUCAGGCUUUGUAUAUGGCCACCCAUCGUGCCAAGUUUCUAUUCAUUUACUUGACGAAUAACGAAAAUGAAGAAGCAUCUUCCUUGUUCCUGAAGAUAAUAACUAAUCCCAAGUUUAUCUCCAUAUUCACUACAAGUCCUGAUCAGAAUAUCAUUUGGGGUGGUGAUUUAGCGAAUCCUGAGGCUUACCAAUUAGCCAACAGCUUGAAUAUCACAAAAUUCCCAGCUUUGGGGCUCAUCUGCUUGGCCAGGUCUACGGUUAUGACACCAGAUGGGCCAGUUAAGAGUGCUCCACGUAUUUCACUCAUUUCAAAGAUUCAAGGGGGUUUGAGAGAUGAUCAAAGUCCAGAGUCGAUUAUUUCUAAUAAAUUCAUCAAAAGGAUGAUGAAGUACGAAAAGGAUUUGGCAGCUAUUCGUACGAGCCUUAGGGAAAAGUACAUAUCAGAAUCAAUGCGCAGGAAGCAAGAUAUGGACUUUCAGAGGGCACUUGCAAGGGAUCGCCAAAAGAAACUAGAGAAAGAACAGAAACUCCUUUUCAGCAAAUAUCUUGAGUGGAGAAAGCCUUAUUUUCUAGACUUAUUGCAGAAUACUGAUCCAACAGAUAAAGCCAAGAUUGCCAUUAAAUUAUCCCAAGGACCACGGAUGACAGCUCUAUUUCCAAAAGAUUCCCCCGUUCGUGACAUUUUUGUCCUCGUUGAAUUGAAAAAACGAGGAAUGCUUGAUGAUGCAAGCACAGGUUCUCAGAUUGUGGAUCAAGGUCAAAAUAUUUUUGAUGAUGUCAUUAUGGAUUUUGAUUUCAAAUUGACUUCUACUGUGCCCCCCAAGCUGAUCCUCAAUGAUGAGGAUCCAAAAACCAAAAUAGAGUCACUAGAUUAUAUUUACCCUAGUGGGCUUUUAAUGAUGGAAGCGAAAUAG